UUUCAGAGGCACAUCAAGAAGUCGGAGGGACAGAAGACUCCCAAAGUGGAACUGCAGAUUUCCAUUUAUGGCGUGAAAAUACUAGAUCUCAAGACAAAAGAUGUGCAGCACAACUGUCAGCUCCACCGGAUAUCCUUCUGUGCAGACGACAAGACGGACAAAAGAAUAUUCACUUUCAUCUGCAAAGACUCCGAGUCCAACAAACACCUCUGCUUCGUGUUUGACAGUGAAAAGUGUGCAGAGGAGAUCACUCUAACCAUCGGCCAGGCCUUUGACCUGGCCUACAAGAAGUUCCUGGAGUCUGGAGGCAAAGACGUGGAAACCAGGAAACAGAUCGGGACCCUUCAGAAAAGAAUUCAGGAACUGGAAUCAGAAAACUCUGAGCUCAAGCAGCAGCUUCAGGAUCUUGAAGAGCAGCUGAUGAUCACUCACUCUCCACCGCCGCUGCACAUUAACGCCUCCAACGAAGCGUACAUGCUGCAGAGGCCCUCGUCUCUCUUCUGGUGUCACAGCCUCAAGUCACUGUCCUGUCUGGAGAUCUCCUCUGUCACUCUCACCCCUAUGAGCUCGCCGGAGUCCAACCUGUCCAGCGGGCUACUAACUCCUCCGCCUGCCAAACCUGCUCCUCUUCCUCCUAAGCCUGCUGAGGGAUGCAGCAUCCCGCGGCCUCGCGGAGGCAGUAUCUCCAUAAAACCACAGACGUCCACUGACGUCUUCGACAUGGUUCCCUUCUCCCCUGUGACACCACUGGUGCCCACAGUGGCCAGUAACGGCUGCCCGCCACCACCGCCGACCACAUUGCCACCAGAUAUAAGGAAGGACUUGUUUGGUUCAGAGCCUUUCGACCCGUUCACCUGCGGCUCGGCCGACUUCCCCCCCGACAUCCAGUCGAAGCUGGAUGAGAUGCAGGAGGGGUUCAAAAUGGGACUGACCCUGGAGGGCGCCGUGUUCUCCCUGGACCCGCUCGACAGCCGCUGCUGAGGCCUGGAAGACGCUCGUCCUCCUCCUCGCCGCCGCCGCCGCCGCCCUGUGCUUUGAACUCGUUUGUAUGAAGAAGUGCCGAGCGCCACUCCACGGCCGGGGCGGGAUGUCACACGUUUCAUCUGGAGGUUUAUAUGCAUUUGCAUUUAGAUUGGUUUUUUCGAUAUAUCAAGGUGAACUUAGAUCCAUUAUAGAAAAGAACUAUUUUUGUAUGAAGAGCAAAAGAGGAGGGAGUCGUUUUGAGUACCUUUGAUUGCACAAGGCAAUGAGAGAUGUAAAUAGUGGAACAUGUUGAAUGGUACGCUCCGUGGCAGGAUUUUCAUAUGAGACCAUUUUGUGUGUAUGCACCAUUUGAAUUGUGUAUUUGUGACACAUUCCUGUUUGUACGCCGAACACAAGCUGGCAAGAAUUAAAUAAAUGGAACCUGUAUCUUUAAAAGCUUCCUCCCUUAACAUCACAUACUGUUAUUUUACACAUGAUGUAGCUCAUUAAUCCAGUUGUACAUGUAUGUUGCUUACUUACAUUCCCACCUUUUGGUUUUGAUAUUUCAGGAUAUUUUUGUUGUUGCAUUUUGUUUUUUAAUUUUUUUUAAGUAUGACACGUCAGUUCCAUAUUUACGCAUCGUCAUUUUUACUCUCCUCUCAUCUCUUGCACCAGAAGGCACUUUUGUGGACAAACUGUCCAUUCAUGAAGUUCUAUUCCCAUGAUUUUACUUUUGGUUGCAUUGACUUUGCUGUUACACUUAUUAAAGAAAAUCUUACUGAAAA